AUGAACAACAAAACCCAUGAGGAAGGCAAUAGGAGUCAGAACGCUAUUCACGGCAGGAAGCCCCAGCAUCCGGUGAGAAAUAAGAAGUAUGAGACUGCUGCUGCUGCUGCUGAGGCUGUCCUGUGCGAGGGGACUGCCUGCUAUACUGCCCACUGGGGCAAGCUGAGUGCUGCUGAGGCCCAGGAUCGCUGCAAUGAGAACGGAGGCAACCUAGCCACGGUGAAGAGCGAGGAGGAAGCCCGACAUGUCCAGCAAGCUCUGGCUCAGCUCCUGAAGACCAAGGCACCUCUUGAAGCGAAGAUGGGCAAAUUCUGGAUUGGGCUCCAGCGAGAGAAAGGGAAGUGUACGUACCACGACUUGCCAAUGAAGGGCUUCAGCUGGGUCGGUGGUGGAGAGGACACAGCUUACACAAACUGGUACAAAGAGAGCAAGAGUUCCUGUAUCUUUAAGCGCUGUGUAUCCCUGAUUCUGGACUUGUCUUUGACACCUCAUCCCAGCCAUCUCCCCAGGUGGCAUGAAAGCCCCUGUGGGACCCCAGAUGCUCCAGGUAACAGCAUUGAAGGUUUCUUGUGCAAGUUCAACUUCAAAGGCAUGUGCAGUCCCCUGGCUCUGGGUGGGCCAGGGCAGGUGACCUAUACCACCCCUUUCCAGGCCACCACCUCCUCCCUGAAGGUUGUGCCUUUUGCCUCCGUAGCCAAUGUGGCUUGUGGGGAUGAGGCUGAGAGGAAGAGCUAUUAUUUCCUAUGCAAGGAACAGGGCGCAGGCAUAUUCCAUUGGGGCAGCUCAGGCCCCCUCUGUGUCAGCCCCAAGUAUGGCUGCAGCUUCAGCAAUGGGGGUUGCCAGCAGCACUGUUUCGAAGGCGGGGAUGGCUCUUUCCGAUGUGGCUGCCGGCCUGGAUUCCGACUGCUGGAUGACCUAGUAACUUGUGCCUCCAGGAACCCCUGCAGCAUCAACCCAUGCACAGGAGGGGGCAUGUGUCACCCUGUAGCCCACAGCGAAAACUACACAUGCCACUGUCCCAGUGGCUACCAGCUGGACUCAAGCCAAGUGCACUGUGUGGAUAUUGACGAGUGUCAGGACUCCCCUUGUGCCCAGGAAUGUAUCAACACUCCUGGGGGCUUCCAAUGUGCAUGUUGGGUGGGCUACCAGUCCAGUGGCCCCAAGAAAGAAGCCUGCAAGGAUGUGGAUGAAUGUGCCGCUGCCCAGUCACCCUGUGCCCAGGACUGCACCAACACUGAUGGUUCUUUCUACUGUUCUUGUAAAGCAGGCUAUGCUGUGUCUGGGGAAGACAGUAACCAGUGUGAGGAUAUAGAUGAGUGUUCCGACUCCAGGGGCAGUCCCUGUGACACCCUGUGCUUCAACACAGAGGGUUCCUUCAGCUGUGGCUGCCCGCCAGGCUGGGAGCUGGCUCCCAACGGGGUCUCUUGUUCCAGGGGCACUGUGUCUUCAGAACCACCAACCUGGCCUCCCCAAAAGGAAGUCAAAGAGGACAGAAAGGGGAGUGCUAUGCCUUCUACUGAAAAGCCCAGUUCUCCCAGGGGCUCCGACGAUGUCUCCAAGGGAGCCUACACCACAGGGGGUCCCUACCUCGAAUCGGAUAAUCCCAUCACCUAUGUUCCACCAGAAAUAUCAGUACCCAGCAGUGCAUCCGAAUUGGGCACACACCUCCCCACAACCCCUGGCUACAGCAAGCCUACAGUUGAAGGUUCCAUGGCAGCACACACUGAGAGCGACGCUGAUGGGCAAAAGCUCCUUCUGUUUUACAUCCUGGGCAGUGUGGUAGCCAUCUUACUCUUGCUGGCUCUGGCCCUAGGGGUUCUCGCUUAUCGUAAGCGGAGAGCCAAGAAGGAGGAGAUAAAAGAGAAGAAGCCCCAGAAUGCGGCUGACAGCUAUUCCUGGGUUCCAGAACGGCCCGAGAGCCGCGCCCUAGAGAAUCAGUACAGCCCAAUACCUGGGACAGACUGCUGAAGACAGACGCGGCGGUGGCCGGCCGUAGAAAGUGCUACCUUCAAAGCUACUUUCCUGGAUGAGGGGGAGACCCACAUUAUUCUGAAAGACUGCACUGGACUCUGAGAAAAAAAGUGUGCACCUCCCUCUUAAGAGGCUGGUGAAUUGGGGGGUGGGCAGGUAU